AAGCUACCGUCCCGAGCUACAUUGCUUUAAUCAAGACAUCAAAACUUGUGGACUGCUUGAACUUUUUCAAGAGAUCAUUGAGACAUGGCGGCUGAGCUUCUCCAAUGCAGAAGUUUAGCUAAAAACUUGGUGGGCUUGUGUUUGUUUUUGUGUUUGGCAUCUGCCGCGUUUCCUUCUGUUGAAGCUAAAGUUAGAUACCAUAAGUGGGAGGUGAAAUAUGAGUACAAGUCUCCUGAUUGCUACAAGAAGUUGGUGAUGACCAUCAAUGGAAGAAGUCCAGGACCAACCAUCAAUGCUCAGCAAGGUGAUACUAUUAUAGUUGAGCUCAAGAACAGCUUGCUACUUGAGAAUGUUGCCAUCCAUUGGCAUGGAAUCAGACAGCAUGGAACACCUUGGUCUGACGGGACAGAAGGGGUGACACAGUGUCCAAUUCUCCCAGGAGAUACCUUUACAUACAAGUUCAUAGUAGACAGACCUGGAACAUAUUUGUAUCAUGCACAUUAUGGUAUGCAAAGAGAAGCAGGGCUAUAUGGAAUGAUUAAGGUUUCACUUCCUGCUGGAGAGUCUGAGCCUUUUUCUUAUGACUAUGACCGCAGCAUCAUCCUUAAUGAUUGGUACCACAAAAGUGCUUAUGAACAAAUGACUGGGCUCAAUUCAAUACCUUUUGGUUGGGUUGGGGAACCUCAGUCAAUUUUGAUACAAGGCAGAGGAAAAUUCAACUGCAGCACACCGGGGAUCGAAGCCGGUCUUUGCAAUGCGACAAAUCCAGAGUGUUCCCCUUUCUCAUUGACAGUUGUUCCUGGCAAAACAUACCGGCUGAGGAUUGGAAGCUUGACCGGUCUUUCAGCCUUGAGUUUUGAAAUAGAGGGUCACAAUAUGACUGUUGUUGAAGCUGAUGGCAACAAUGUCGAGCCGUUUGUGGUCCAAAAUCUUUUCAUCUACUCUGGAGAGACAUACUCCGUUCUAAUCAAGGCUGAUCAAGACCCUUCGCGAAAUUAUUGGGCUAGUGCACAUAUUGUUAGCAGAAAUAGCAAUACUACCAAUGGAUUGGGCAUCAUCAAUUACUAUCCAAAUCAUCCCAGAAGAAAUCCCCCCACAAGUCCCCCGGUUGGACCUCGAUGGAACGAUACAGCUCCCAGAAUUGCUCAAAGUCAAGCAAUCAAAGCUCUCAAAGGCUACAUCCAUACCCCUCCACAGACAACAGAUAGAGUAAUUGUUAUGCUCAAUACACAAAACAAGAUAGAUGGUCAUGUCCGUUGGUCUGUCAACAAUGUCUCAUUUGGCCUUCCUGAUACACCUUACCUCAUAGCCCUUAAACAAAAUUUUCUACAUGCUUUCGAGCAAACCCCUCCUCCAGAAGGAUACGAUGCUGCCAACUACGACAUCUAUAGUGUUGCCAAGAAUGUAAAUGCUACGACAAGCAACUCGAUUUAUCGGCUCAAGUUCAACUCGACAGUUGAUGUAAUCUUGCAGAAUGCAAACACAAUGACUGUGAAUAACAGUGAAACACAUCCUUGGCAUCUUCACGGGCAUGAUUUUUGGGUCCUGGGCUAUGGUACAGGCAAGUUUAACAUCUCAACUGAUCCCAAGAAGUACAACCUUGUCAAUCCGAUAAUGAAGAAUACAGUGCCUGUUCAUCCUUAUGGCUGGACUGCAUUGAGAUUCCGAGCUGACAAUCCAGGUGUUUGGCUAUUCCAUUGCCAUAUUGAAUCUCAUUUCUUUAUGGGAAUGGGAGUAGUGUUUGAAGAAGGUGUAGAAAAGGUCGGAAGAUUGCCCACAUCUAUAAUGGGAUGUGGUGAAACAAAACGCUUUUACAAACCAUAGAGAAAACUAUCGACUGUUGGUCCUUGUUUGUAGCACACAAGAUUCUUGAAUUUUUGUCUUGAUUCUUUUUAAAUGUUUUCCCCAUACAAAAGUCUAGGCAUUUUUCAUUUUUUUUGUACAGUACAAGAACAUUUGACUGGCAUUUGUCUUCAUGUCUUGAAGGACUAUUGUACUCUUUUAAGUCGAAAACUGUUUGAUUCUAUAGAAGAAUUUCCCUCUUUCUGUAAA